UUGAUUUUCCCAGGGAUGCCGAUUUUGCCGACAGCCUUUUCACCGAGCAGUUGGGGCUGGAGAAACGUGAUUUCCGUAUUUUAUCGAGCAAUCCUCAUGUUUCGUUAUUUGUUCGCAUGAUGAGUUAAAUUAGGUUUGCACUUGGUAUUUGAAGUUAAUGUGGUUGAGAUUGUUACGAUUUGUAGUUUUGUGCCAGGUAUGUUCUAGGUAUAUCUGCAUACCCUGUUGAGAUCCAGAGUGCAGAGAAUUGUGCAGAUUUCGUGAGAAAUGCUGUGAUGCUGAGACUUGGCAUGUUGCUGAGUUGCAUAUUCAUUUCCAAUCAGGCUCUGGAAGAUUCCAAUCACAUAACCGAAGUACCUCUAUUUCCAGAGAAAAGCCAUCUACAUCUUGGUUAUUUUGAAAAAAGGGAAAUAUCAGUUGACUUCGAUAAAUACGCCGUUACUUGUUACAUCUGCGUCAACGUAUCCGACAACGUCAUCUGCAAUCAGUACGCUAUUGACAAGCCUUGUAGGCCUGGUGAAACAUUUUGUCAUACUCUCCAUGUAAUGGAUUCGAAAGGAAAUAGUGUUCUAGUAAAUAAGAAAUGUACGACUGACAGAGAGUGCCAAAGAAGCAAAGUCGGUUGUGUGGAUAUAGAUUCACAAAAAAUGUGUGUUUCUUGCUGUGAUAAAGAUUAUUGCAAUUCCGAUGUUCCAACAAAUUCCACCAACGCUACCUUCGAUAAUAGAAUAUCGAAAAUGAGGAUGCUGGCUAAAAAUCUCUUCACAGACCAAGAGAAAGCAAUGACCACAACAAUAAAAAAAUCUUGUUCUUGUUCAACUUUCUGUUUUACAUGUAUAUUGAGAUUAGCAAUAAUUUGGCAUUUUUUCGUUUUCAGGUUUCUUUGAGAAGUGAGUUUUUGGAACACUCAAUGAAUAUUUGUUGGAUUUUUUAAUUCAUUAAAUUAGGGUUUGAGCAAUAAAAGCUAUCAAAGGUCUCUGACGAACAAUGUUUUUGAAAUGAAUAUUGAAUAUAAGAGUUCCCCGUUCUAACACCCUGAAAAUAUUGUUUCUGAUACUUGAUAUGAAUAA